GGUAGCGUGAAAUUGUUUGACUGGGGUGUAGUGGUAGUAGGGUGGGGGGAAAGGAGGGAAAUGUCUGUUUUAUCCGCCUUUCUUUAGAUUUCAUUUCCCUCCAGAGCUGAAUGUGACGUCAGAGCGCGGCGGUCCGGGGGCUCCGAGGGAAGCGCAGCAACAGGGCGCAGAGCAGCAUGUGUGGGAGCGCAGGAGCCCGGCGUGCGGGCGAGCAGAGCCAGCCUCCGUGCGCCGCGCCGCAACGCGGAAAGCGCUGACACCAUGCCGGGAUCCGGGGCUGCCAGUGUGCAGAGAGCAUAGCGCCGCCGAGAGGUGAAACACAGCCCGGGUGACAACGCAAACGCGAAGCUUAUCGGAGGCGAGCCGACAGAAGUAUUUCCAUACUGUCUUUGGAGGAAGGAGGCGAGAGCUGCAGCAUGUUACGGAGGAGGCUCCGCCGGCUGUUCGGUGGAGAUGAGAAGAGAGUGGGCAGCAGGACGAUCUGCGUGGGAUGCAGGUCGUCUCUCACCACGGAGGCCUUUCUCCAGCAAGCCUUCUGUGACAACCGGAUUGUGUCCUCUAAGUACACCGUCUGGAACUUUCUCCCCAAGAACCUUUUUAAACAGUUCAGAAGAAUUGCCAACUUUUACUUCCUUAUUAUAUUUUUGGUGCAGGUAAUAGUGGACACGCCCACCAGCCCUGUUACCAGUGGCUUGCCCCUGUUUUUUUUGAUCACGGUUACUGCCAUCAAACAGGGGUACGAGGACUGGCUCCGUCACAAGGCUGACAAUGAAGUGAAUAAAUACCUGGUGACAGUGGUAGAGGAUGGCCAGAGAGUGCGCAAGGAGAGCGAGAAGAUCAAGGUCGGUGACAUUGUUGAGGUACUUGAGGACCUCAUCCUGUUGCAGUCCAGCCGCGAUGAUGACACCUGCUUUGUCACCACGGCCAGCCUGGACGGGGAGUCCAAUCACAAGACACACUAUACGGUGCCUGAUACAGAGAAGGAGGUGGAAUUGCUGAAUGCGACCAUUGAAUGCGAACAACCGCAACCUGACCUCUACAAGUUCGUAGGCCGUAUGCAAAUCCACAAGGACAGCCAGGACGCUAUGCGGUCUCUGGGCCCAGAAAACUUGCUAUUAAAAGGAGCUACUCUGAAAAACACAAAGAAGAUAUAUGGGGUGGCUGUUUACACUGGCAUGGAGACUAAGAUGGCCCUGAAUUACCAGGGCAAAUCGCAGAAACGCUCUGCUGUGGAGAAGUCGAUCAACGCCUUCCUCAUCGUGUACCUGUUCCUGCUUGUUGGCAAGGCUCUGGUGUGCACCACUCUGAAGUAUGUAUGGCAGAGCCGGCCUGGCAUGGAUGAACCCUGGUACAACCCCAAAACCGUGAAAGAGAGAGAGUCCAACCUGUAUCUGAAGAUGUUCACGGACUUCCUCUCCUUUAUGGUACUCUUCAACUUCAUCAUCCCCGUGUCCAUGUACGUCACAGUGGAAAUGCAAAAGUUCCUGGGCUCCUUCUUUAUCACCUGGGACAAGGACUUCUUUGACACCGAGAUCCAGGAAGGGGCCCUGGUCAACACCUCAGACCUGAACGAGGAGCUCGGGCAGGUGGAGUAUGUUUUCACGGAUAAAACUGGCACGUUGACUCAGAACAACAUGGAGUUCAUCGAGUGCUGCAUCGAUGGCUUUCAGUACAAGUACCGCGAGUCACAGGCUGAGCUGGAUGGGUUCUCUGUAACCGAUGGGCCCAUCUACAAGGUCCAGGAAAAAGCAGGCCGGGAGAUGGAGGAUCUAUUUCUGCGAGCGCUGUGCCUCUGCCACACCGUGCAGGUAAAGGAAAGCCAGCUGGCCGAGGUGGACGGAGACCAGAUCGACUCCAUCUCAGGGGCUCAGUGUGGCUUCAUUGCCUCCUCGCCGGAUGAGGUGGCCCUGGUGAAAGGAGCGAUGAAGUAUGGCUUCACCUUCUUGGGUUUGGAAUGCAAAAACAUGAAAAUCUUGAACAGGGACAAUGAUGUCGAAGUGUACGAGCUUUUGCACAUGUUGAACUUCGAUCCUGUGCGCCGUCGCAUGAGUGUGAUCGUAAAAUCCAAAACUGGGGAGACCCUCCUCUUUUGCAAGGGGGCUGACUCCUCAAUGUUCCCUCGUUUGAGGAGGGAAGAAGUGGACAGGAUACAGGUUCACGUUCAGAGAAAUGCAAAGGAGGGUUACCGGACCCUGUGUGUGGCCUACAAGCAGCUGAGCACUGAGGUGUAUGUGCAGGUCGACGCCAGCCUCAGAGAAGCUCGUCUGGCCCUCGAGGACCGAGAGGAGAAGCUGGCCGCGGCGUACAACCGGGUGGAGACUGGAAUGACCCUCAUCGGAGCCACGGCAGUGGAGGACAGGCUGCAGGAACAAGCUGCUGAGACUAUGGAAGCUCUGCAGAGCGCAGGCAUGAAGGUGUGGGUGCUCACAGGGGACAAGAUGGAGACCGCCAAGUCCACCUGCUACGCCAGCCGCCUCUUCCAGCAGGGCACCGAGCUGCUGGAGCUGACAGUGCGCACCCUCGAGGAAGGUGGGCGACCGCGCGAGGAACGUUUGCUGCAGCUUUUGCAGGAAUACCGGGCGAAGACCCAGUGCCAUCCCGUCGGCAAGGGAGUGAACCACAGAAGCUGGUCCUCGGCAGGGCAGGACUAUGGCCUCAUCGUGGAUGGCGCCACGCUCUCCCUGGUGCUCAACGCCUCUCCCGAGACUGACAGCAGUCGCUAUAAGAGCCUCUUCCUGACUAUCUGCCAGAGCUGCACCUCUGUUCUCUGCUGCCGCAUGGCCCCCCUGCAGAAGGCUCAGAUUGUGAGGAUGGUGAAAAAUUCCAAGGGAAAUCCCAUCACACUGUCAGUGGGCGACGGGGCCAACGAUGUCAGUAUGAUUCUGGAGGCCCACGUGGGCAUUGGAAUUAAGGGAAAAGAGGGGCGACAGGCUGUCCGGAACAGUGACUACGCCAUUCAUAAGCUUAAGCACCUCAAGAAACUGCUGCUGGCCCACGGACACCUGUACUAUGUCCGCAUCGCCCAUCUGGUACAAUACUUCUUCUACAAGAAUCUUUGCUUCAUUUUACCUCAGUUUUUGUACCAGUUCUACUGUGGAUAUUCCCAACAGCCCCUCUACGACGCAGCCUAUUUGACGAUGUACAACAUCAACUUCACCUCUAUGCCCAUCCUGGCCUACAGCCUCUUUGAGCAGCAUAUCUGCAUUGAGAUCCUGCUCGAUAGCCCCACACUUUAUAGGCAGAUGGCCAAGAACGCGCUGCUGCGCUGGGGCCCCUUCUCCUACUGGACCCUGCUGGGGAUCUUCCACGGCCUGCUCUUCUUCUUCGGGGCCUUCUUUCUGUUCAGCAACCCUGCCCUGCUUUCCACUGGCCAGGUCUUCGGAAACUGGGCCUUUGGCACCGUUGUGUUUACGGUCCUUGUCUUCACUGUCACACUAAAGCUGGCCCUGGACACACGACACUGGACCUGGAUAAACCACUUUGUCAUCUGGGGCUCCCUGUCCUUCUAUAUUGUCUUCAGUUUCUUCUGGGGUGGCAUCAUAUGGCCCUUCCUGGAGCAGCAGCGGCUCUACUUCGUCUUCGCCAACAUGCUGAGCUCCGUCUCAGCUUGGCUGGCCAUCGUUCUUCUCAUCCUGCUCAGUCUGCUGCCCGAAGUCUUGCUGCUGGUGCUGAGACGGCCACGAGGUCCUCGUGUGCGUCAGAUGAGGCGACGCCUCCCUUCCUCUGGGACGUCUGCCAUCUUCAUGCUGUCCCAGACCUCCAGCAGUCACAGCUUCUCCUGGAGUGACUGAGGUCUCUCUUGCAGAUUCCUGUCUUUUUGCACCCCCGAUUUGCAUUGUUGUGGUCUGUUUGUUAUGACUGGCUUGAUACUUCCUGCAUGCGAUGGCUUGUGUACCGUUCAACCGCCUCAGUUCCCAGCCAUGACCAUGUGAAUUUGUUUUUUUGCUGAUAUUUUGAGUCCGUAGGCUUUUGUCUGACUUCAGGAAGCUCACCUUUGUACCUCCCCGCAGUUGUUGCGUCUUUGAAGCUGGCGUCUCCCUGUUUGUUUUUAGUUUUUUUUGUUUUGUCUAGUUUGAGCUCUGGUAUCCGGUGGCUGCAAAGCAGUCUGAGAGUUGUGUGCCUGCAGUAAUUCACUCCAUUAGACGCUGAAAGUCGUCUUAUCGCAUUCUCUGCCCGUGUUCUGGUGCCUGCUGCCACUGCCUGGUCGUUCAUCAGAAUAUGGCUGCAGGUAACUGGAUUUCACCGUGACGACUGCAUGCUGUUCAGCGCCGCACCAAAUUGCACGUGGUGUGUGUGUGUGUGUGUGUGUUUUUACAGCAACUGUAUUUGAGCCUGCCGCUUGACAAAAGUUUGAGAUUCAGACUUGUUUUGGUAUUUUUGGUCAUUUUACAGAGUGAAUUUAACAGCAAUGAAGAAUUUGCCAAGGGGCAAAUAUUCACUUGGAGAGGUCAUAUUGCAUAUACACACACACAUAUUCUCGUGUGUGUGUGUGGUGGAAUCACUAGCCACCCCCCCCCCCUUUUUGUGACUAGACCACCUAGUACCCCUUGAUCGGUGCACGUAUGUGUGUGUGUGUGGAUCAGAUAUACAUCACAUUAUAACUGAUGAAAACCUUUUAUUUUGUCAUUCAUUUUUAUAAAAAUCUGUGACUGCAAUCAAAAAACUAAAAAUUGUUUGCUUACCUAUGGUAUAGCUGUGCGCUGGGUUGGGGUUAAGGUUGUCGUGUGCGUGUGCGUGCGUGUGCGUGUGUGUCUCCCCGCACUUCUGGCCAAUCCUCAGAGCAGGCUGCCAUAAGUGUGUCUCACCCUUUCAGAAGAAGCCCGCUCAGUGUCCGCAGCCUGCAGGGAUUCCUCUGCUCUUGAGACCCAUUUCAAACAGACCCAGUUCUGUCCAUUGAACAGGUACCACACCACAGCAAAGUCUAAAAAGCUGUGGCUCUUAACAGUUAAAACGCACCUUCUCUUUGCACUGUUUGGGGCACAAAUUUCCUCCCCUUCCUCAAGCGACAGGGCACAAGAACCCCGCCACCACACGUAUGUCACAAGGGACUGAUCGGAAGACGGGGACUGUACGUGUGCAGCUGAGUCUCGCGUGCUGUAAGGAGAGCCUGAGUACAUUAAGGUUCACGAGCUUCAGUCUUCGUCUCCAGGGAGACCACAAGCUAUGGAAUUUCUGGAAUAUCAUGUCAUUUUAAAAAGUAUAUUCCAGAAAUGGAAAAGUCAGGGUUUUGAUCUUUUUUUUAGCCAAGUCAUGGACUAUCAGGGAAUUUUGUUUAUAGCGUGUUUUAGUUGCUACAUGCAAAUUAGCAUAUGAAGGAUAAAAUGCACGGUAAUUUCUUGUCGUAGCAGCGCAAAUACACUUAACUAAGUACGUAUCUGCGCUGAUACAACAAAGGAUUGCUGCACGUAUCGCUUCAUACAGCAAAUGCGUGUCUGCAUACCAGUUAUGUGCAUCCCUAGUUAUAGGUCAUGGAAAUUGAGCUUUUUAGUCAAAGUCAGGGAACCCUGCAGUUCUCAAAAGCUAAACAACAGUAGGGUCAGUUCAUUUAUAGUACACUCCAUAGUUUUUUGUUAAUCAAAUUAGUUUAUUAUUGCAAAAAAUGUGCAUCCUCCCUAAUUAGUUAUUAGUUAUUAUUAUUAUUGUCAUUAUUAUUAUUGUUGUUAUUAUUAUUAUUAUUAUUAGAAUAAUAACGUUUUAUUAUCACAGUUAUUAUUGCAGAAAAAAUGAAACACUUCAGUACUGCCGUUAACCUGCUACACAUCAGGUGCACCACGGUCAGGGAUGCGCAUAGCUGGUACGCAAGUACGCAUUCACCUUUAAAAGCGAUACGUGCGGCAGUCCAUUGUCGUAACUGCUAUGACAAGAAAAUUAUCAUGCCAUGUUCACCUUUAUUUGCUAAUCCGUACUUCAUUUGCGGUAUAGAGGUUAAGAUGCACGACGAUUUCUUGUCAAUUCAGCACAAAUGCACAUAAAACACGUUACGCAUUUGUACUGUUAGGACAAUCGAACGUCGCACGUAUCGCGUACCAGUUAUGCGCAUCCCUGACUCAUAGUCCCACAUGUUGUGACACGUGAGACUAAGGCUGCACACUUUCCCAUGAUUCCCUGCUCUUCAUGUCACAUGUUAUUGAAGCCAAGCCUAGAGGCUUCUGGCUUUGUCUUCCAUUCAGCCCUUUGCCUCCAUACACAUGCCUUAUAAUCUGAAUAUUCUUUUUGUUGGUGUGGGGUUUUCCUUCGACUGCAUUCAGCUUAUAUUGUGCUUAGUAUUUACAGUGCAGCUCUUUUUGGUGGUUGUGGUUUUUGGUAAUGGUCGGGUGUAGACUCCUGUCAAUAGUGUGAUGUUUUGGUGGAGGUGAGUGAUGUGACGGUUGUCUCUCUUCAUUCUUGCCGGAGUGCGACUUUGCUCAUCGCAUGAGUCAUCGUGCAUCGGCCCCCAUGUUUGUCCGAGAGACGCUUAUGAAUGCCGAUUGACAUUGUCUGUCCAGCUGCUCGGGUUGGGUGUCGGCCUCCGCCUUUGAGGAGGGCGGAAAUCGGGGAAGGUGCGCUGUAGCCGGUCCGCCGGCAUGAGAUGUGCCAUCAUUAAACUUCCGAUUUUGUUCCCCCACCAGCCAUCUGAAGACUCCCUCCUACAUGUAUAAACAUGAACCAAGGUAAAGAAAAAACAGAAGAAAUGAGAAAUGAAAUGACCCCCCGUUCCUGAUUCUCACGCGUGAUUCCUCUGGUGUUUGUCAUGCUGAUUUGGGGAAAUUGCAGAUUGGCUUUGCUGGGUGUGUCUAUGUCGUUUGAAAAUCACUCCGAUUGUUUGUUUGUUUGAUUAUUUUUUUUUUUGAGAAAAAUUGAUUUUAAUCUUUGGUGAUUUUUCUGCUGAGGGUGCCCAUUCACUUCCCUCCCUCCCUGUGGUUUGCGACAUGCUUUACAUCGUGGCUGUAGCUCUGUCCCUCAUGUCUGCUCACCUGUCCACAGAUUGCUGCUGUUGUACCUCUGUCAUACAAGCACCUGAGGGAGCAGGAGUAAGGAGCCCUGAGAGGCCCAAUCGAAGUGGCCUCCUCUCCAGCUGAGCGACUCCUCCUCAGAACCUCGUCACUGAGUACCUGCCUGCACCCCCCCUCCCCAGGACACUGUGCCACCUCAUUGCACUGUUCGCUUGGCUCACGCACUCUUCACCUCGUCAAGCUUUGCCAGACACAUUCUCACACACACACACACACACACACACAUAUACAUACAGUUACUCAGAAGUUUACAUACGCUUAGGUUGCAGUCAUUAGAACUCAUUUUUUAACCACUCUGCAUUCAGCUUCGCGCUUGUAAACUUCUGACCCACUGGAAUUGUAACAUAGUGAAUUAAUUAAAAGCAAAAUUUUCUGUAAGCAAUUCUUGGAAAAACGACAUGCACAAAGCAAAUGUCCUAACCCACCUGCAAAGACUAUGGUUUGCUAGCAUGAAAUCUGUGGAGUGGUUAAAAAAUGAGAUUAAAUUACUUUAUAAUUUACCUUAGUAUAUGUAAACUUUUGCACUUCAACUCCAGUGUGUCCAGCUAUAUAUAUAAUACACACAGACACACACACACUCUUUUAUUAUCCCAGAAGAAAUUGUUUUAUAUGCUGUAAAUAUAUAAAUAACUCUAGUUCCAAGGUGAGAGUGUUACUCUCUGGAAUGUGCCUUUUCAUAUUUUUGUUACUGUUUUUAUGCAAUUGAGGCUGUCUAGGCUGCCCCUACAGUGGCUGUUUGCUGCAGCGUUUACACACGGCCCUGUCGCCUGUCGGAAAGGGGAGCCCUAUCGCUGCCACUAGCCCGUGUUGUUAGGGGAUGACUGGAAAUGAAAGAACAAAAAGGAAACAUAGGUUUUCAGGGCCAAACUCAUUAGCAGGGCCUUCUAUGAGAAUGUUUUUUUAAAAAAAAAUUUUGAGAGGAGACAACAGUGCCACCCAAUGGCCAGAGGGCACCGCUGCAAUCACAAAGACUCCAUAAUCCUCAGACUGCAGCUCUUUUUGUGUCCCUUUGCCCUGCGGAACUCGCUGCUUCUCGAGCUGCAUGUUGUAAGUGCAUGCCGGACAGAAUCGAAAGGCAUGAAGUGACUGGGAAAGGAGAGCUUGGAACAUGGAAAAAGUAAAAGAAAAAAAACAUCCAUUGUUCACUCCAGCACUGAUUUCGGAUUUCAGAGCAGAAUCCCUGUUAUAUCAGUUGAUUAAUUUUGCGAUUCCCUUUGUUAUGGUUCAAUGUUUGUAUAUAAAGUUAAUGUAUCAUUCCAUUUAGGCAAGCAAUGAUUAUAAGAAUAUUUAGAUAUGUUUAUUUAUUCUGGGUGCCAAAAAUAUCUUUCAGAGCAGCCUACUUAUAAAUGUUUGAAUUGUCCAAAGUGCUGAGUACUCUGUGGAUCAGAGUCAAUGUGAAUUCAUACCACAGGUGAAAUCACAAGUUAAUCACUGUAACCUAUUUGUGUCUGGACAGCCAGUCUGCCCUCUACAGUCCAUAUGUGUCAUAUGUUACAACUGCAGCAUUCUUUUCUAAACGGCAAACAGCUGCACAUGUUACCACUACAUUGACCUAAGUGCACAAUCUCAGAAGCUCCCUCAACUUUAUUCUGAGCAGCCAUAUGACUCAAGUGCUCCGUCUUCUGGUAAAUGUCCAUUUCAGUUCAGCUCUGACUAAAGGCCACUGUGAACUUGGUUACUAACUCAUCAUUCCGCUUCUUACCAGAGUCUCCUUGCCCUUGAUCUCUCCUGAAUACUCCUGCAUUCUCUGGGACGAUGACUCACGCUAUUUUGUCUAUAAUCCGGCGUUAAGUGCUUCAUACAUUCCAUUUCUACAUGUCAUCGGAAUCCCGUUUAGAUACUGUGGAAUGCAUUUCGAUUUUUAAAACUUGUAAUUCUCUUUGAAAUGUUUAUUGUAAUGUGAUACUUUACUUGCAAAUGUUAUAUUUUUACUACAUUUUUAACGAUGAGAAUGAUUCUUGAGCAUUUGCCAGCUUCGAUGAGUCUGACUGGAACGGGCCGAUCGUCUCCCUUCCCUCCCUUGUCAGAGUCCUUUCCUCCUGUGACCCGUAGCCUCUGGCUCCCUGACUGGGCCAAGGUCCUGAGCGUUUAUGCCCAAAGUCUUCAGUCCACUGACUAGUGAUGUAAGCAGACUAGCAAUGUCAUUUGCGUGUGUCGUGACGAGCGAAAACAAGAUAUGGACUUUGCACUCCAGUUAAAUUGCACUUGCAGUCACCAGCAAUAUUCAGGGUGAUUCGCCUGUUCCUGGUCACAUGACCUGGGUGGCAUCCCUGUGUGUGGAGGGGGGGCACUGGGCAUAUAGGCUACCUGCUUUAUUAAAAAUAAAAUAUUAACAUUUUAAGUAACAUUAUGGAUACCGUUUUCAGUGGUUCAACUUCUUUAGUCCUCUCGUUUGCUUGAUUACAAUGCCAGUUACGUUGUGUUGCAAUGCAAGGUUUUACCAGCAACUUUUUGUAUAAAAAUGAAUAUGGUGAGGUGGCAUUGAUUCCCUCUAACAGGUGGGAGCACAGCUGAGCCAGCAAAGGCCCCACGUGCCUCUUCCAGGGCAUUACAUUGUCCAUCUGAAUGUGAAUCCUAAAGAUCAGCCAGUUUGAGGUCUUCAUCUAAUAAAGAAUCAGUACAAAA